AGCGAGUUAGGGAGGGAGGGAUAAAAGUGGGCGUUUGCUGCUCUUGGGGAACGGGAAAACUGAGGCUCCCUCUGGGGCCCGGGGCUCCGGGCCGUGGGGAGAAAUGCUCCGGAAAAUUGGCCUUUUUGUCCCGCCUCUCCACCCCGAGCAUCCUUCGGCUGCCCACCCCGGAACCUGCAGGCUGGCUUUGUUUGCCCCAGCUGGCUCUCCAGUUCCGCCCGCCCUCGUCGUCGGUGCCUCAGUUCCUGAAGCCGCUGACUUCUCACAGCUGGAACUGCGGGCCUAGGGCAGCGGAUGGCGCCCAAGAGUUUGGUGACAUCUGCCCAACCAGGUUGGCGCCCCGCACGUCGUGCUUCUCGCUAGCAAAGUUUCUCUGUGAAAAGAAGCCCCUCCAGCUGCCUCUGGAUCCUGUAGCGCGUGCGCGCGCGCUGCUUCUCUCCCCGGAGGCUGCGCUUGGGGACCGGGUUGUGGCUUUGCUCCAGCACUAGGGCCGGCGGCCCGCGGGGGCGGAGCUUGGGGAAUCCGAGUAGCUGUCCUGGGAACCCUCCACUCGGCGCGGGUCUGGAGAGAGCCGGCGAGCAGGCGGGCGGGCGAGCCGAUAGCCACAGCCAAGCGCUAGGGUACCUAGGCACUGAGAUGAAUCACCAAAGGAACGCUCGGGCUGCGCCCCCUCUUCUGCCCCGGCUCAGUUCUCGGCUGAUUUGAGAGGGCACCACUGGUCAGGACUCCUCGAGAGGAGCUGCUGAGCGUCGGUGUCCCGGACAGAGUGGGUACACGCCUGCCUUCGGGCUGCGCAAGGAGGAGCAGCCACGGAAACGGCUGUUGCCAUGAGUGUUCACGUGUCUGGAACUGGACUCCCGACUGGGCGCUAAAAUGCUUGCUUUGCCUUGUCCAAGUUUUACGGCACUUAUGUUGACGAUUGGAAUCCUGGGCCAAUCAAGAGUCAAAUUCAAAGUGGUACUCCUGGACUCUCCAUCCCAGGCUCCAACAAGUCUAAUUUGAGACUAGGAGAGAGAGAUCUCCUAAUCUAUCAGAUCUCCAUUCCGGAAUUGGACUUGAUAGAUCUCUUCACUAAUACUUGGAAAGCAGUGGCUACAGGGUUCGCUUGGGGGUGAGGGUGAGGGAUGCUCUGAAGAUCAGACCACAACACUCAGAACCUCGACAAUGGACCAAGUUUAUGAAAUUCCUGAUGAGCCAAACGUGGAUCCCAUUUCAUCUCUGGAGGAAGAUGUCAUCCGUGGGGCCAACCCCCGAUUUACCUUUCCAUUUGGCAUCCUCUUUUCUACCUUUUUGUACUGUGGGGAGGCUGCAUCUGCCUUGUAUAUGGUUAGAAUCUAUCGAAAGAAUAGUGAAACCUACUGGAUGGCAUACACCUUAUCCUUCUUUAUGUUUUCAUCCAUUAUGGUCCAGCUGACUCUCAUUUUUGUCCACAGAGAUCUGGCCAAAGACAAGCCACUUUCAUUGUUUAUGCAUCUCAUCCUCUUGGGACCUGUUACCAGAUGUUUGGAGGCCAUGAUUAAGUACCUCACACUAUGGAAGAAAGAAGGACAGGAGGAGCCCUAUGUCAGCCUCACCCGAAAGAAGAUGCUAAUAAAUGGCGAGGAGGUGCUGAUAGAAUGGGAGGUGGGCCACUCCAUCCGGACCCUGGCUAUGCACCGUAAUGCCUACAAACGUAUGUCACAGAUCCAAGCCUUCCUGGGCUCAGUGCCCCAGCUGACCUAUCAGCUCUAUGUGACCCUGAUCUCUGCAGAGGUUCCCCUGGGUAGAGCUGUGCUAAUGGUCUUUUCCCUGAUAUCUGUCACCUAUGGGGCUACCCUCUGCAAUAUGUUGGCUAUCCAGAUCAAGUACGAUGAAUACAAGAUUCGCCUUGGGCUCCUAGAAGUCCUCUGCAUCACCAUCUGGCGGACAUUGGAGAUAACUUCUCGCCUCCUGAUCCUGGUCCUCUUCUCAGCCACCUUGAAAUUGAAGGCUGUGCCCUUUCUAUUGCUCAACUUCCUGAUCAUCCUCUUUGAGCCUUGGGUCAAAUUCUGGAGGAGCGGUGCUCAAAUGCCCAAUAACAUUGAGAAAAAUUUCAGCCGGGUCGGCACCCUGGUGGUGCUGAUCUCUGUUACUGUCCUCUAUGCUGGCAUCAACUUCUCUUGCUGGUCAGCUUUGCAGUUGAAAUUGGCAGAUAGGGACCUUGUUGAAAAAGGUCAAAACUGGGGACAUAUGGGCCUGCACUAUAGUGUGAGAUUGGUAGAGAAUGUGAUCAUGGUAUUGGUUUUUAAGUUCUUUGGAGUCAAAGUGUUACUGAAUUAUUGUCAUUCCUUGAUUGCCUUGCAGCUCAUCAUUGUUUAUCUGAUUUCCAUUGGCUUCAUGCUCCUUUUCUUCCAGUACUUGCAUCCAUUACGCUCACUCUUCACCCACAACGUAGUGGACUACCUACACUGUGUCUGUUGCCAUCGGCACCCUCGGGGCAGGGUUGAGAAUAUGGAGCCAUCUUUUGAUGCUGAAGCAAGGCAAAGCAUUGUCUGAUUCUGUCUUCUGGCUAUUUGGGGAUGGCUUGGGUAUUGUCAAGAGCAACUGUGAAAUUGAAGGAGAGGUAUGAGGCUCACUGGUGAGUACUCACCAGGAUAUUUUCUUGACUUUUCUGGUAAGCCUGUCAGAUGAAAGAGCAGCUCCCAAAUAGGCUUUAUUUCCGUCAAAUUGACUGUUAUGUUUGGACACCAGGGUAGCCACUAUAUACUCAGAAAGUCAGAGAGACCAUUCACAUUCCUCCCACCAAAGCCAGCUGUCUGCCUACCCUAUGGGGUAGCUUACCUUUAUGCACCUUAGUGGGUUCUCUGUGACCUUCUAGCUCUGCUUGUUUGCUUAAGGCAUUACUGAGUCUCCCCCAGGCUGAACUGAAGGGCCAGAAUCCCACCAGAAUAUAUCCUGACCCAAGGAUAUGACUGAUUACUAGCUGUGGGUACCUCCCAGGAAACAGUCUGACUAAUGUGGAACCUAUAACUCUAAGUGUUCUGGGGUCUUUUAAUUCCAAUGAGAAACUCUGGUUAAUAGGAAAACCUCCACCAUAAAAGAGCUUUUCCCCAAAUGAGUUAGCUCUCCAUCAGGAUUUUACGAGUAAUCAUUCAUUCAAGGGGCCUUUCUUUUCAGUGGCCCUUCAUAGAUAGGCACACCUUGAGGAGGAAGUGCAGAGUAGGAUUCUUUCAGGGCAUAAGCCAGAAAGACUUUUUCUCAGGGACCUGCAUGGACCUCCAGCUUGUUGAGUGGAGUGGUUGAGUAAAAUCUUUUACUUUGUGCCUCAUAUCAGGGAUUCCCCCUACCCUGGCUUUUGUGUCCUCUUCAUGUUGUACUACUUGAUGUGAACCUCAGAGAAUCUGAGCUAUAAUUGAAAAUGUUUCUAAUGUGUAGAAGAAAGGAAUAUUGCCUUGUG